AUGCCGUGGAGCCAAUCAAAAAUGAGCACCCCACGAAAUGAGGCCUUCGAUAAAGCGAGGACACUGCAAGAAGCCGAGAAGGCCGACGAAGCACUUGAGUUGAUUCGACAAUAUGUUGAAGAUCAGGAGACUGAGCUUUCCGUAAAAGAAAUCGAGACAUUGAGUUACAUUUUGCAGGAGAAAAUGACAAGUGCCUCAUUUGACUCAAAGAAAGAAGCCUGCUACGAAGCAAUUGAUAUUUUGGAAGGACUAGCGAUAGCCAAAGAGCAGCGCUUUAUUCUUGCUUAUGCCGAAGCUGCCUAUGAAUCCUUUUCAAAGAUCAAUCGAUCCGCCCGAGAUGAAGAACGAGAAAAUGUUUGGUGUAGAGCAAAGGAAAUGUACUUGGAACUCUUCAAAACAGCAAAGAAAACCUACAAAGAAGUGAACAAUUUGGAGCGAUUAGAAAUCUAUGUCAAUUUUGCAAAGCUUGCUAAGAGUUAUCUGGAUGUGGCUGAUGAGGACUCGUUAAAUAUAUGCGAAGAAGCAGCAAAGGAGGCAAAAUUUGUUGGGCCAACUGGUUUAUCAAAAGAUGACUGGAAUGAGAUCUUCUCAACAAGUAUGAGCGAAGUGGCAAACAUGCGGAUGUUCCUUUUUCACUUCAAG